AUGCACCUUCCGAUUGCCACCACUAUCGCCGCUGCAGGCUUUCUCGUUGCCUCGCAGUCAGGUUCUUCAAACCGCGUAACAAACGCCGUGUCGUCGCCAGCCUCUACCGCGACUCUAGUGGCUCGCCAAGAUGAUACAAAGCCGCCACCCUUUGUUACGUCCAUCACCUUCCUUACCUCGAUAGCAUUCGUAACUGCCGAGCCGUCUACCUCCACCAGCCCCGUCAACUACGACGGAAACGCCGACAAGUACCGAACGACCAUCUACUACGACCAGCGCUACUACGACCAGCGCUACUACGACCAGCGCUACUACGACCAGCGCUACUACGACCAGCGCUACUACUAUACCUUCUCCAGCUUCCACUGA